CAGCGCGGUGGUGCGCGCCCCCGCCUGGCGAGUCAACUGUGCAUAGGGAAAACCAGCGCGGCUGCUGCUGCUCACAUACACGAACACACAUACACACAGUGAGUGAGUGAAGAUGGCGAUGAGAGCGACGCUGCGGUGCCUCUCUGCAAACUUUUCGCCCAGGCUGCCUCUCCUGUCGUCCGCCGGGCGGGAUAACCGCGCGGCUCGGUUGCGGUGGGUGAGCGGCACGCGGCGGACAUUCAGCUCGUGCUCAGUACUGUCAACAGCCCUGAAGUUCACUGAGAAACAUGAGUGGGUGCAGGUGGAGGGUGGAAUUGGUACAGUUGGAAUUAGCAGUUAUGCUCAGGAUGCAUUAGGUGAUGUGGUUUACUGUGGACUGCCUGAAGUUGGCCAAAGACUUGAACAGAUGGAUGAGUUUGGUGCCUUGGAAAGCGUAAAGGCUGCCAGUGAGCUCUAUUCGCCGUUAACAGGAGAAGUGACUGCAAUCAACACACAGCUGGCAGAAAAUCCUGGACUGGUGAAUAAGGAUUGCUACGCAGAAGGAUGGCUCAUCAAAAUGACCAUUGAAAAGCCUGAAGAAGUUGAUGCCCUCAUGGAUCAAGCUGCAUAUGAUAAAUUUAUUAAGUCAUUAGAAGAAUGAAAAACAAAAUGACUGGAUGAUAAAAAAGACAUGGAGGUUAAAACCACACUGCCUUCUUUGUGGUAUUUAUUCCAAGACUAAUCACGGAGUCGUAUACAUUUGGAAGUAAAAGUUCCCCUUAAAAAGUUAGGAUUUUUCUUGAUGUAAUACAAUUUUUAAGGGUUCUUAAUCUCAAGAUUUGUCGGCACUUAUGGGUCUUGAUUGUGCUUCUUCACUUAGAUGAACUGGGCUAUGGGAAAUAUACCCCUCAACUGGUUUGAUAUUCCUCUGUUUGUUGAUUUAUUUUUAAAAAUCAAAGUUUGAAAUAAAGUUGAUGACACUCUUGUCAGUUAUAUUAAAUCUGUACCAGUGUAUUGUCUUGCACAUAUUCAGUACAUGAAGUGAAAGGGCCUUCUGAUGAUUUAUUAUUAUAAUUCUGCACACCUCGACCAUUGCCCUUAGUUUAAGAUAAACUGAGAUUGCAAAUACUAGUUUAUUAAUGAUUAAUUUGUCAGUGUUUUUACAAACACUGACUAAAUAAAAAUUUUACUUGCUUUUUGUA